AUGUCUAUUCUCUCUUCAUCUCAUAACAUCUUGUCUCUCUCGUUCAUUUUCCCAGUCUGCGAUAACAGCAGCAGCACUGGCGAAAAUAGAUGCAUUACAAGAUACUUUCCAAAGCAAGUAUCUAAUGCUUUGAAUGACUGUGCACAAGGUGCCAAAGAAGCAACGAAGAAAGCCAAGGCAAGCGCAAUCAUGUAUUGCAAAGCUAUUGCUGAUGGAGAUGAAGUCGAAGACGAAGGCGAAGAUGAAGAUCAAGACUCCAUGACAAAAGCAAUCAAGUCCUUGGUAAAGCAGCUCAAGAACAACCAGGCAAAUGUGCCGUAUGGAUCCGAAACAUCGUUCAUGGAUAAAUACUUGAAGCCUAUCUGGACACAGAUGCUUACCUCUGGUCUAGAUAGAUCUUUUAUUUAUUCAACGACCGACGGAAGCCAUUACGGCAUAAAGCCUGACUUUAUGAUUGGUGUUGCUCAAAGAAAAAAUCCUUUGUAUUUUUUCUUUGUCGAAGUAAAAAGACCUGCCGAGACAAGCUGCUACCAAGAAGAGAGCGACUUUGUGAAGUUGUUGAAGGAGAUGAAGCACUCCAUAAACGACCAACUCGUUUUAGGGUUCAAUGAUCCCAUAUCAUAUGGUUUGUUGGUGGAGGGCUUCCGUUGCUCUCUUUUCAGAAUGUUUCUUGCAUCUGAAGGCAUUUAUAUGUCAGUACUCCUGAAACGCUUUUUGUUGGUGGAGGAGACAAAUGACAUGAUCAAUUUGCCUUCAGUUGUAGAAGCAUUUGAUUUUGUCAAGGAAAAGCUCAUGGUGCUGAAGGACGACUUGGAAGUACCAAAAAGCAAAAAACAAAAGAAGCAGCAAGGAAAGAAGGCUAGGCCUUCUUUCAAAACAAAGUUUGUAAAAUAA